AUGAAAGAGAAGGAUGCAAUUCAAAUUCUUGAGAGCAAGUUGAAAACUGAAAGAAAAGAGGGAAACGCCAAAUCGUAUUACUAUGCCGGCCUGCUGUUAAUGAUGCUCCGCAAGCCUGACAAAGCCAGAGAGUACAUAGACCGCUCUAUCAAAAUGAAUCUAUGCUAUCUCGACAAGCAGAUAUUUGCUCUGAAAGGCUGGCUAGAUCUGAACCACCCAGAUAUGGCCGUGUCGAAAAAGUCCCACUUGUUUUUCGAUAGAUCUCUAGGAGUCGAAGGCAAACAACACCCAGAUGCCAUUUUGGGAAAAGUCAAAUACAUACAACUACACAACAACAACAGCACCAACAACACAAACAAAAAGACCUCCGCCGACGACGAAAUUUUAGAGUUGAUCAACCAGCUGAUUGUGACCUACGGACAAUACCUACCGGGCCUGAUUGAGAAGAUGAGGCAAAAUAUGUUGACGAAAAACUGGGAGCAAGUUCUCGACAACGCCCAAAGAGAUUUAUACGAGAAGAGUCCAAGUAUAGAAACUGGUGUUCUUCUAGGUGAUGCCUAUAUGGAAGUUCAACAACCUGACAAAGCGAUAGAAUCUUACGAAGUUUCCAUAAAAAAGAACCCGAAAGACCCUGUCCUAGCAAAUAAGAUCGGACAAGCACUUGUUAAAACUCACCAAUAUGGCCGGGCUAUCAUAUACUAUGAAGCUUCGCUGAAACAGAGCGGCCAGCAUACACUGAGGUGA